UCAAAGUAACGGUCUUAUGUCAUUAUCCAGAAAUCUUGUCAGUGUUCUGCAGACAGCCAGAUAUAAAAUAUUGUCACCGUUUUCAGAUAUUAAUAAACUUUUCAUUUAUCUAGUUAGACACUCUCGGUUUUAACAGAACUUAUUUGAAGAUAGCGAGGCAAGCGUGAUCCAUAUGAUCGUCUGCUACAGUGCUGCAGCUUUCACGUGCACGGACUCAGUACUUUACACAUUAUAAACAUCUGGACGAUAAACACCGUGUACGGGAUGGAGCUACAGGCGGUGCUGAUGGCAGCCGGUGGAGGCUCCAGGAUGAUGGAUCUCACCUAUAACACCCCUAAACCUUUGCUUCCUGUGGGCAACAAACCCCUCAUCUGGUAUCCCCUUAACCUGCUGGAGAGAGUGGGCUUUGAAGAGGUGAUUGUCAUCACAACUAAAGAGGUUCAAAAGGCCCUUAGCACUGAUCAACGCUUGAAGACGGAUGUGAAGAUGAAGUUGGAUGUGGUUGCAUUCAAGAAGAGGCUGAUAUGGGCACCGCAAGAUGCUCUUCGACACAUCCAGCAAAAGAUCAAGACAGACAUUUUGGUGCUGAGCUGUGAUUUGAUAACUGAUGUGGCCCUGCAUGAGGUUGUGGACCUCUUCCGUGCACACAACGCCACGCUGUCCAUGCUCAUGAGCAAAGUGCACGAAUUCACAGAGACCGUCCCGGGCCAAAAGGGCAAGAAAAAAGCAGGAGAACAGCGGGACUUUGUCGGCGUGGACGUCACAGGGAAGAGGCUUCUGUUCAUGGCCAAUGAGGCAGAUCUGGAGGAAGGCCUUGUUCUCCGGAAGUCCAUCAUGCGCAAACAUCCCAGGAUGUUCAUCAAGACCGGCCUGCUGGAUGCACACCUGUACUGCCUGAAGAGAUCUGUGGUGGAUUUCUUAGUUCACAACAAGUCUGUCACUUCAAUCAGAGGAGAAUUAGUGCCGUAUUUGGUCCGUAAGCAGUUCUCAAAGUCUUUAAACUCCCAACAUGUCACCGAGGAUUCAGAGAAGAAUCAAAAGCAACAGGAAGCUCACAUCAAUAUGGAUCUCCUCAGCACCAGUAAAGACGAGGCGCUGCUACAGCUUGCCCGGGAGAGGUCGUGUUGGAAUGAUCAUCGCGGAGACAUGAGUGAAGCCUACCACGGCGGUAAAAUACGCUGCUACGUUCACAUCAUGGAGGACGGCAUGUGUUAUCGCGUCAACACACUCGCCGCUUAUAUAGAGGCCAAUCGCGUGGUUCCAAAGUUGUUUGAAGAACCUCCAAUCCAUCCAACUGCAGUGGUCUCUGAACGCUCUUUGGUUGGGAGUGACAGCAUUAUUGGGCCAUCUUGUCAGAUAUCAGACAAGACAUCAAUCAAGCGCUCAAAUGUUGGCACGUCAACUAUAAUCAAAGAGAAGGUGAAGAUCACCAACUCCAUCAUCAUGAACGGAGUCACUAUUGAAGAAGGGUGUAACAUCCAAGGCAGUGUGAUCUGCAGUCACGCGGUGAUUGGACGUGGAGCCGACAUCAAGUACUGUCUGGUGGGCAGCGGGCAGCGCGUCGAUCCAGAGGCUGAAAGAACCAAUGAGGUCAUCGUAGGAUCUGACCAGCUCAUGGAAAUCUAGAACCCUGCUGGAGAUCCAGAACAGGCCUGAAGACGAACACAACCUGCCUCCUCCUACUGCAACACCUUCCAUUCUUUUAUGUGUCCAAAUAAAAAUGGAUUUAUUUAUCUCAA